AUGCCUCCCAAGCCUGCUGAGAAGAAGCCCCCGUCGACUGCCGGCAAGGCCCCGGCCUCGGCUGGUAAGGCCCCGACUGAGGGUGCCAAGAAGACCUCGAAGGCCCCUUCGAAGUCGUCGGACAAGAAGAAGUCGAGCAAGGUCCGCAAGGAGACCUACUCGACCUACAUUUACCGUGUGCUCAAGCAGGUGCACCCGGACACUGGUAUCUCGAACAAGGCCAUGGCUAUCCUCAACUCGUUCGUGCAGGACAUUUUCGAGCGCAUCGCCACCGAGGCCUCGAAGCUCGCCAGCUACAACAAGAAGAGCACCAUUUCGUCGCGUGAGAUCCAGACUGCUGUUCGUCUGAUUCUCCCCGGUGAGCUGUCCAAGCAUGCCAUUGCCGAGGCUACUCGCUCGGUCACCAAGUUCUCGUCGACGUAA